UGUUUACAUUUUUUGUUAAAUUAAAAAAUUCUCAAAGUGGAAAGAAUAUUAAUUUCUCAUUUACCAUUUGUUCUCACACAGGAUGUUGGCAACUAGAGUAUUUCGCCUAGUUGGUAAUCGGACCUUGUCCACUUCCAUCUGCCUGCGUGGUGGACAUGGAGUUGCUAAGGUUGAGGACUACACACUGCCAGCAUACUUUGAUCGGCGAGAGAGCCCUCUUCCUGAUAUCAAGUUUGUGCAGCAGCUGAGUCCUGAGCAGAAGUCUCUAAAGGAAAAGGAGAAGGGAUCCUGGGCUGCACUGUCCACAGAUGAGAAGAUUGCAUUGUAUCGUAUCAGCUUCAAGGAGAGCUUUGCUGAAAUGGACAAGGGAACAGGAGAAUGGAAAUCAGUAGUUGCAGGAAUUUUCUUUUUCAUUGGCUUCACUGGCCUAGUUGUGUUGUGGCAGAGGAAGUAUGUUUAUGGAGAUGUCCCCCAUACCUUUGAUGCCGAAUACAAGCAGAAGGAGCUCCAGAGAAUGCUUGAUAUGAGGAUCAACCCUGUUGAGGGCUUUUCAGCCAAAUGGGACUAUGAAAACAGUGUAUGGAAGAAAUAAAUUGUUCUUUACAUGUCCGUCUGUUGGACAGGGGUCUCCCCUUCUAACUAAUCAUCCAAUAAACAGAAAAGUAUGUAAUUUUAGUCCUCUGUUACUUAUGAACGAUUUUGGAAGUCUGCUUCCUCUUAAGGUUACGUCUCAUAAAUAAAAUUCCAGUAUGUAUCAA